UGCCAGUACACGUGUAACGUCAAUGCACGCACGAAAGGAGAACGCGUCCGAUUAUCCCCCAAAUUUGGUUGUAGUUUCCUGUGUUCUAAGCAGCUCCACGAUGGUGCGCUUGUCGCGCGUGUUCGCGCGAAAUCUGUUCGCCGCCUAUCUCCACCGCCAAAACUGGACCAACUUGACCACACUGAGGAGUUCAACAACCAAAGCUGCACGACUCCCAAGAAUGGACUAUCAGGAUGCCGUGUGCACGCUCAACACACUGCAGACCAACGCAGCCGCCCUGGAGCAGGUGCGGCGUGAGCGUGGGAACCCCCAGCUGCAGCUGCAGGCCAUGCGUGCUUUCCUGCAGCGCUCGGGGCUGACGGUGGAGGAGCUCGACCAUCUAAACAUCAUCCAUGUGACCGGCACGAAGGGGAAGGGAUCCACAUGUGCUUUCACCGAACAGAUCCUUAGGAAUUACGGAUUCCGCACAGGAUUUUACAGCUCACCGCAUUUGGUCCAGGUUCGAGAGAGAAUCCGGAUCAACGGCCAGCCUAUCAGCAAAGAGCUCUUCACAAAAUACUUCUGGCAGGUGUACGGGCGCCUGGACGAGACAAAGCAAGCCAACGGCGGCACUAUGCCAGCCUACUUCCGCUUCCUCACCAUCCUGGCUUUUCACGUCUUCCUGAAUGAGAAGGUCGACCUGGCGGUGAUCGAGGUCGGGAUCGGAGGAGCGUAUGACUGCACAAACAUAAUAAGGAAGCCGUGGGUGUGUGGGGUUUCAUCUUUAGGCAUCGACCACACCAGCAUCCUGGGAGACACCAUAGAGAAGAUCGCCUGGCAGAAAGGUGGCAUCUUCAAGCCCGGUGUUCCGGCCUUCACUGUGAAGCAGCCUGACGGGCCAAUGACUGUGCUACGCGAGAGAGCGAAGGAGAUCGGGUGCUCCCUGCAGGUGUGUCCUGUGCUGGCGGAGUACCCGGUUGAGAGUGAGCCGCUUCACCUGGGCCUGGCGGGUCAGCACCAGCAGAGCAACGCCUCCCUCGCCCUGCAGCUGAGCCACACCUGGCUACAGCACCGCUGCCUGCCAGAUGAGCCCCUCUCCUCCACUGUGGAUGAGAGCUCAGUAGUGACCCAGGCCCUGCCCUUCCAGCCCAGCCCCAUCAUGAUGAAAGGGCUGAAGGAUACAGAGUGGCCAGGCCGGACCCAGACCCUCCAGCACGGCCCCAUCACCUACUUCCUGGACGGGGCCCACACCACGCGCAGCAUGCUGGCCUGCGUGCGCUGGUUCAGCGAGGCCGCCGCCCAACAGGAGCGCACCGCCGGGGUGCCGGCGGUCAGAGUGCUGCUGUUCAACGCCACGGGCGAGCGAGACUCGGCCUCCAUGCUCAAACUCCUGGCGCCUUUCCACUUCGACUUUGCUGUUUUCUGCCCCAAUAUCACGGAGGUGCUGGCAUCCAGUAAUGCAGACCAGCAGAACUUCAACGUGAGCGUGGAGAACAUGCUGACGCGGUGUCUGGACCACCAGGGCAGCUGGCGGGCGGUGAGCGGGCAGGAGGCCCAGCCGGGCCCCGAGCUGCUGAUCCCGGGCAGCUUCCCCCUGGUGACGGAGCGGCGGGGGUCGCACACGCUGGUGUUCCCCUGCAUCCUGAGCGCCCUGCAGUGGAUCGGGCAGGGCCGGGACCCCGUGCUGUCCGCGGCGGGGAAGCGCGCGGCCCCCGUGCAGCCCAGCGUGGCCGCCAAGGCCGAGCCUCUCCGCGAGGCCUCCCACGUCCACGUGCUCAUCACCGGCAGCCUGCACCUGGUGGGAGGGGUCCUCAAACACCUGGACCCCGCCUCCGCGUCCUAACCCACGUCCACCUGCUCAUCACCGGCAGCCUGCACCUGGUGGGAGGGGUCCUCAAACACCUGGACCCCGCCUCCGCGUCCUAACCCACGUCCACCUGCUCGUCACCGGCAGCCUGCACCUGGUGGGAGGGGUCCUCAAACACCUGGACCCCGCCUCCGCGUCCUAACCCACGUCCACCUGCUCGUCACCGGCAGCCUGCACCUGGUGGGAGGGGUCCUCAAACACCUGGACCCCGCCUCCGCGUCCUAACCCACGUCCACCUGCUCGUCACCGGCAGCCUGCACCUGGUGGGAGGGGUCCUCAAACACCUGGACCCCGCCUCCGCGUCCUAACCCACGUCCACCUGCUCAUCACCGGCAGCCUGCACCUGGUGGGAGGGGUCCUCAAACACCUGGACCCCGCCUCCGCGUCCUAACCCACCAACCGGACCACACGCCGCUCCGCUCCAGCUGCCUGCCUCCACUCACAGGGGCCCGGGGGCCUAGCCAAUCAGGUUCCAGUUUACCAAAACUCGAGAAUCCUGCAAUUUGUGGCUCUUCAGCUGCCAGCAGCAUUCUCUCUCUGUCUCUCUCUUUAUCUCUCCCGAGCGCGCGCGUACCCUCUCGUUCGCUCGCUCUCUUGCACACCUGGUGGCCUUACCAUGAUGAGCCAUGACACUAGUACCAGUCCAGAUACUUGGACGAGCUGUUUACAUUAGCAUUGGGCUGAUUUCUGGUUUCGUGUGUACGGUUUGGAUUACGUUGUUGUUUUUUUGUUAAAUACUGGAUUUAAAAGCCUUCAUGCUUUUUGGGGUUAAGCCAGAUGUGCCCCUGGGUUGAGCUGAGGUUUAUUUAAUGUACAGUCCUGUGGCAGGCAGGCUUCUGUUAACCCAAAAGAAUUGAUCUGAAUUACUAGUAUAACUAUUAUGCAUUAAUUUACUAGCUUUUCAAUGACAAUUGGUAUGCCUUUGAAAUAUCAUUUUUUGUUCAUUUUUUUGCCUACCAUUGUGUGGCCAAUGUAAAUAUUUUUAUUUGGUCAUCAAUCCUGAUUGUUUACUGUCAGUCUUAAGGUGCCAUGAUUCUCAUAACAAUGAUCUGUAAAUUUAAUUCUGUGAAUUAAAAAAGAUAGUUUAUAUAAAAUGUAAAUAGGCCUAAUAAUAAUUUAACAAGAGCACUUGUAAUUGUUUCUUGCAAUUGAAGGAAAGCAGUCAAUUGCCUGUCAUGUUUAAUAAUGUAACAACAGUGCUUUGCCUUUUUGACGUAUUCCAAAUUACACGUCAUCCAUCUGGACAUGAUUGCAUUGCUAUCUUAACUAAAUACGCUGUUUCAAACGGUAUAGAAUAUUUGAAAAUGGUCAAAUUGUAAAUUUGGCUAAUGAAUUGUAAUUUGGGAAAUGGAACCAUUGAUCUAUUGAUGAAUCAUUAGAGCUGAAGUUAUUUCUAGUUUGGUGUCACCACUUUAUUUUCAGUACAAUGAGCCCACGCACAACAGCCAAAGAUGUAUCAACUAUUUUGGUGAUUUCUGGUAGCAAAUACUCAUUGUUUGUCAUUGACCCAUGCAUUUCUACUCAAAGUAAUAACAAGCGGAGUUUGGGUGACACCUGGUGACAGGUGGAGAUGCAGUCAGUAUCUGAAUGAGUGAAUGCCACCUGAUGGGCUAUAUCCAAUGCAUGUGUUGUGUGCCAUCGCUACAUAGACUGAAAUAUUUUAAUUUGUUUUGUACUUUUUUGUGGUCUAGAUAUAGCGUGUCAACCUUUUUUUCUGUGGAAUAUCACAUUUUUCAAUAAACAUGUUUCAAAAUGUCUGAAA